AUGAGUUCUAGUUUCGCUGGUCAGAAUGCUGGUGGUAGCGGCGGCGACGGCGACGACAGCAGCCCUAAACGCAAGGCGACCGACAACCCCGGCGAUAGCCAAGGCAAUGUCAAACGUACAGGUCAUCUCGAAGGCCAUCAUGUCGGCCAGCUCCCGCUCUCCGCCUUCAUUGCUCAGGCGGCUGCCUGUGCAUCGCCAUCCCAGCUUGUGUCACCGCCCAUCGUCCCAUAUUCACUGCGAUCUGAGCUGCGCGAAGCUUUUCGUGUCGAACUAAAAGCCUAUCGACAACAUUUCGAGGCAGCGACUGCCGCCAUUAUGGAGGAAAUACGAACCCUCCAGGGUCGUGUUGAAGCCGGACGGGCUGAGCUGGCAAUGUUGCAACUUGAGCGCGACAUCGCCAAGGACGAUGCCCAUGCUUCUGGAGAGAGGGCACGCUAUGCAGAGGAGCAGGUUCGAGUUUUGGAUGACAAGCUCCGUACCGCAGACGCAAAGCUCCGAGCCGCAGGGGAAAGGCUCGGGGCCUCCGAAGACGGCGAAAAGAAGCUCCAGGAGAAGCUGCAGGUCUCCCAAGAGAAGUUGCGGGCCACCGAAGAGAAGCUUCGGGCCUCCGAAGAGAUUUACAAGAAAAAAGCCAUGCUCGCCGAAGAGGAGACCAGGGUUGCAAAAGAGGAGACCAGAGUGGCAAAGAACGAGACUAGGGUCGCAAUGGAGAAAGCCAGGGUCGCUGAAGGAGAUACCCUAACCCUCAAACUUGAAGCUCAGAAGGCUGAUGUCCUCCUUUCGGAAUCCGCUGAGCUUGUCGAGGGGUUCAAGGACCAGAUCAAGACGCUGAAAGAGGCUCGGGAAUCUGGGCUGAACGCGCAGUCCGCUGCUGAGAAAAGGAUGCGGGGCGCCCAGGAUAGGGCGAGGGCAGCCAAGGAGCAGCUCGAGUCAUCCAAGUCCGAGAUCUUGGACCUUAGAAGCCAGCUACAGGCCGCCAAAGUGGCUUGCCAUGCUACCGAGAGGCAACUUGGGGGUGAGAUCCAAUCUCUCAAAAGGACGUUAAACAGGGUGGAAUCCGAGGCCGAUGGCUAUCGUGAUGAACUGCGGAAGAUGGUGGCUAUGAACGAUUCGCUAAAAACAUCUUUGGAGGAACAGAAGAAGCGAGCCAAGGAAUUCGCUUUACCUCCAGAGAUGCUGGACGACUCAGACAUGUUCCGUAGGCCAACGCCCAAGCGCCCAAGGCGGGACAUCUCGCUGGAAGUCCAUCCUUCAUGGAAAUCGUUUGCGAUUUUGCUUUACCAUAACCUCAUGGACAUUCCCGUCAGUCCAAAUGGCGAAUACUCCGAUAAAGAGAUUGAAGCGCAUAUCCUCGAGGCGGCAGCGUCGGAGCAGGCAAUGCAGCGCCUGUUGGAGCUCUGCAAGGCACCGCCCUGGCGGGUCGAUGGAAAGUGGUACUGUUUCCGCACAGCCGUGCUUAAUGGCACCUGGAAGAGCUGUCCGAGCCACCCGGUCCCUACUCCCUGCACCCGUCACUCAAACUGUCUGCAGAUUAUGCGACAGCCAAGUGGCCACGUUACCUUCAAAGAAUUGGGGCUGAAAGUAAGAGAGGAAUCAGGCUAUCUCCAUAUCACUGCGUUGAUUGCAAAGGAAAUGUCGGCAUAUCCCAAGGAUUAG